CUUCUUGCGAAACCCGUGAGAGCGAGGAGAAGGAGACAGAGCUUUUCACUUGCACUGAAAAUGAGCCAACCAGAAUCCAAAAAAUUCUGCGAACCCAUUUAUCAAAGAGACCACCAAACACUCUCCAACAAUUCGUUGCUCAUCCAAUGCGCAGAUUUGGUCCUUCCAUGGCUGAAUCCCAAGGAACUCGCCGCCACCUCUUCCACAUGCAAAUCCCUCCGUCAAAUCUCCAAAUCCAUCACUCUCCGCCGUUCCUCAGACUCUUGCAGAGCCUUCGAGAGCUUCCCAAUUCCCUUCCAUAACUCGGUGGAUCACCAACCUUAUGCGUUCUUCAUCUAUACCCCAUCGCUGAUCUCGUCUUCUUCUUCGCAGUUCCCACGUCGGCAAUCUUGGGGCUCAAGCUCUGCUGAGGACGACAAAUGGGUGGGUCGUCGAUUCGCCAUCGAAACGGUGCGUUUGGUGGACGAGUCGGGCGAGAGAGUAAGUGGGUGUGGUUGCCAGAAGUGUGGGGAAGAAGAAGAAGAAGGAGAUGGGUUUGGGAAUCGGAGGUGUCCGUGUUUGAGGUUUGAUGGGUUUGAGGACGUGGUGAGUGAGUGCGGGCCGAGUUGCUGUUGUGGGUUUGAGUGUCCGAACCGGGUGACUCAGCGAGGUGUUUCGGUUCGGUUGAAGAUUGUUAAGGAUGAGAGAAAAGGGUGGGGUUUGUACGCCGACCAGUUGAUUCCGGAAGGUCAAUUCAUAUGCGAAUAUGCAGGCGAGCUCUUGACAACCAAAGAAGCAAGAAGGAGGCAACAAAUGUAUGAUGAACUUGCAUUAGGUGGUCAUUUUUCCCCCGCACUUUUGGUUGUGAGGGAGCAUCUUCCAUCUGGAAAUUCUUGUCUAAGAUUCAAUAUCGAUGCCACAGUGAUUGGAAAUGUAGCUCGGUUCAUUAAUCAUUCAUGUGAUGGUGGUAAUCUAACAACAACACUGGUUAGAAGCUCAGGAUCUUUGAUUCCUCGCCUUUGUUUGUAUGCUUCCGAAGACAUAAAAAAAGACGAAGAGCUUACUUUUAGCUAUGGAGGAAUCCGGCUGCAUUCCAAGGGUUUGCAAUGCUUCUGUGGCAGCUCUUGUUGUUUUGGAUCAUUACCCUCAGAGCAGACAUAACAGCUCUUUCUUGCUGCAUAGUAAGGUUUCUCUGCUGCUGGAGCUUGAAUUCUGUUCUUAUAGUAGGGGAGAGAAAGGAGAUUAACAUUUGGGGGUUCCAUAUAGUAAUGUUGAUUGAGUCAUAAUUCCAAUUGUAGAUCAUAGAUUUUGUUAUAGAUAAAAUUCGUUUAUUUAAUGCAAGUAAAGAUCUUAUCCAGUGCUGAUUUUCUCUCUCUCCCUGUGAUAUAAUUGAGUUGGAAAUUCCAACGGCCACCCAAAUAUGGUAUUGCUUUGGUGAGUUUAAAUAUGGAGUUUGUAGUUGGAAGUGUUUUGUAAGAUUGCCAGCAGUUUUGAUGAAUCAUGCAAGAAAAAGUUACUUCCAGUUGCUUCAUUUUUGAUGAUUUAAGAUGAUGACCAAUUUAACUCUUUUCAAGGGUGUCCUCUUUAGUCUGGUUUGAACCCAGUUUGCUUAUCAGCCACAACAUUAGUAUGGUUUCUAGAUGCACCUUAGAAAUUGUAGUAUACAUUUAAAUUUUUUAUUAUUUUUGUAUUUAUAUAUAAUAUAUAUACACACACGUAUACAUGUUGUAUGCAGUGUUUAUGUGAAUGGAUAUAGAUGUGGAUUGGAAUUACAAUAUUCUAGUUGAUGUUCAUCUAUCUUUGGUCUA